CCCUCAAUAUGAGGCUGACUUCAAUGCAGUUACAAUUUCUAUCUUCAUUACGGUGACUGAAGCAUUAUAAAAGUUGUAAUUAAUUUAAAUUUGAUAUUUCAAUGAAAUAAUAUUCGGAUUUGAAAGACUAUUGUGUAGUGUACAAGUACUUCUUUAUUAAAAUCAAAUUAUGAGCGGGAUUCCUAAAUUUGCUAUUAUUAAAUAUAUGAAGAAGGAUAAACCGAUAUAUAAAAUUGUACAGAGGUCGAUGAUAUAUAUUCGGAAUAAAAAUGGUUUGCACAAAGUGAAAGAUCCAGAGGACUUAAAUAAUGAAAAUAUUUUUUUUUCUGACGUCAACGAUGAAAUAGAAGCAGUUCAAAUUAUUGACACCCAUGACGAUCUUGAUGAGCUGCGUAAAAAAAAUGAACAUAUCAGUGAUAAAAGAAUCCCUCUUGUGAAACGUCAAAGCAUGACACCAUUGACAAAAAAUGUGAAGGAAACACAAGUGACUCGUAAGCCUAAGAAAAAAACUAAGAAGCCAGAAUUUGAAGGAGAUAUUGAUGGAGAUCAAUAUUUUAAUGGACUGGACGCGUUUAAUAAUAACCACUCAGAGGAACUACAUGAUAAGGAGGAUGAAGAUUUACCACCACCAAUUACGCCUGCACAAUCACCUACAUCAAUGCAAGAUUUUUCAUUUGCGUCGCCACCUCGUCAAAAUAAUGACGAUCAUUUUCAUGAUGAUAAUCAUGAUAAUGAAAAUGAUGUUAACAUUCAUGUUAAUACUAAUGAUAACAAUAAUAAUAAUAGAAGUAAUAAUAAUAAUAAUGUUUUAAAAGAUAUCCAAAAUCUGAAGCGUCAAUUAUACUGUAAUAAUCAGGAACUAGGACAAAUAAAAAAAAAUAUGGUGACCAAAAAUAUAUUAAAUGAAACUUUGAAUACUGUAGUUGAAACCGUAACGACUAAAAACGAUAGCAACAGUCGUAUGGAUUUUAAAGAACCGCUAUUCGAUGCAGAAAAUCAAGUCAAGAUUUUCGAUGAUUUUAUAAUGAGUUUUGAUAACUAUUAUAGUGCAAUAAAUGCUACUACAAAUUGUAGAAGGGCAAAAGCAGUGAUGCGUGAGUUUUGGUCUCCACAAAAAAGAUCCGAUCUAGUCGUCAAGUUCAACCCAAAAAAACCGGAUAUGUCCUUAGUUUCUAAUGCUGAAUAUGCCAAAUUAAUAAAAAUUGUAGAGGAACUACAAAAGUAUAAAAAAAUUACUAUUUAUACGGACAAAGACCGAGUUUCGACGAACAUAAUUAAAUGGGUUGGAGAAUGGUUGAAGUCCAUGAGAUACACCAGGAAAAAAAACCAAACGGAAUAAUAUAUAUUUAUAACAACAAGGUUAUCAAUGUAAUUUCUAAUAUAGUGCAGUGUCUAAUAAAUAUUUUAUUAAAUUUACAAA